AUGUCUUUAUUUACGACCAAUAUUUCGUACCAGCAAAAUGGGUCUAUACCUAAUGGCUACGCGUCCCACAUAGCGGAUAAAAAGAACAAAAUAAUAUAUCUCGACGUCACACCAGUUCAAACGCCACGUAUUAAAUCAUCAUCGACAAAUUCUGUGCAUCCUUUGAGAGAUAACUUAAUAGAACCGCAUAUUAAUCGUGAUAUAAUCUAUGAAAAUAUUAAGCCAGUUUUCUUUUUGUUGAGAGUCUUGGGUGUACUACCUUUAUGGAGGCCUUCGCCAGGAGUCAAUCAAUUCCAAAUUACGUCGCCGACGAUGCUCUAUUCCAUCGCUUGCUACGUCGGUCUCAUCGGAUAUGUGCUCUACCUUUCUUUACACAAAGUCCAGAUUUUACGCGCAAGUGAAGGUAAAUUCGAGGAGGCGGUCAUUGAAUACCUUUUCACCGUGUACCUUUUUCCUAUGUUACUGGUGCCGAUAAUGUGGUAUGAAACACGCAAGAUCGCUGGAAUUCUCAAUGGUUGGGUCGAAUUUGAGGUAUGCUAUAAGAAGCUGUCAUCCGGUCGUGUACUGCCCGUGAAGCUGUAUAAGAAAUCCCUGGCGAUAGCGGUGAUUAUCCCGAUACUAUCUACCAGCUCGGUGGUGAUCACCCACGUCACUAUGGUGGACUUCAAAGUGAUGCAGAUCAUACCGUAUAUAUUCUUGGAAAUUCUUACCUACAUUCUUGGAGGCUAUUGGUAUCUACUGUGCGAAACUUUGAGCGUAUGCGCUAGUUUGCUCGCUGAAGAUUUUCAAAAGGCCCUCCGGCAUAUAGGACCUGCGGGGAAAGUGGCUGAAUACAGAGCCCUCUGGUUACGCUUGAGUAAAUUGGCUCGAGACACCGGCAUCGCAAACUGUUACACGUUUACCUUCGUCAAUCUAUACCUGUUUCUUAUAAUCACACUGUCAAUCUAUGGCCUCCUUAGCCAAAUCUCUGAAGGCUUUGGUAUAAAGGAUAUAGGCCUGGCUGUGACGGCUUGUUGCAGUAUUUUUCUUUUGUUUUUCAUCUGUGACGAAGCUCACUAUGCCUCACAAAACGUUCGGACAAAUUUCCAAAAGAAGCUUCUAAUGGUGGAGCUCUCUUGGAUGAACACAGACGCACAGACAGAAGUCAACAUGUUCCUGCGCGCCACUGAGAUGAACCCGUCGCAGAUAAGCUUGGGCGGCUUCUUUGAUGUCAACCGGAACCUGUUUAAAUCGCUCUUAGCUACGAUGGUGACCUACCUGGUCGUGCUGCUUCAGUUUCAAAUCAGCAUCCCUGAUGACGCUCAUACGACGAACCAAUUGGACGUUGGAAGGUCGUACAAUGACAGUUGGAAAACUGCAACUGAAUCUACUUUAGCAACGACGAUCCUGACCACAUUAGCUAGGAAGAAAAAGAAAAACUAGCAUGAAAAAGAAAAAAAAUAGUUUAAUAAGAACGUUUUUCUAAGCAAAGAUAACAAUAAACUAGUUAAACCAGCAUUAUAAAAACUAGAUAAUCUACUAGUACAUACCUAGGUAUAGGUAUUUUACUUACUUUAAUGUAUUGUUUUAUUUAUAAAAACCUAUUGUUAAAAAAACAAAUCAGAUUUUUUAAAAAUCCCACGGCGCGGCGAUUAAAACGUCAAAAUAAUUAAAAAAUUUAAAAAAUAUUAAUAAAAAAAAAAUUAAAAAUCCCCGACAUAAGAGAAUAUUUUAACUAUCGUGGGCUUUUUAAUAUUUUUAAUUUUGUUUUUCAUUUCCAACUUUUUUCUUCUACAUCUCUUCUCUGUACAUCUAUUAUUAUAUAUUGAACAUGCACCAAUCAAACCUGAACCUAUUACUGAAAACCGCAUCAAAAACUUUAAUUUAUUGUUUUAUUUAUAAAAACCUAUUGUUAAAAAACAAAUUAGAUUUUUUAAAAAUCCCACGGCGCGGCGAUUAAAACGUCAAAAUAAUUAAAAAAUAUUAAUAAAAAAAAAAUUAAAAAUC